GCGCAUUAUCACGAUGCACUAUUACUCGCGAAGGCAGAGAGGUGGGUAUUGCCAUGAAGGUUGAUGGAUUCACUGUCACGAAGGUUAAUGGAUUCACUGUCACGAAGGUUAAUGGAUGCAUUACCACAAAGAUAGCGUGGAUACGUUACCACGAAGCUUGA